GUCUCCACGGAAGAGGCAUCUACUCUGCACGGAGUCAACUCGUGGACGUUUUAGAGGACCCUGACUGGCGAGACGAGAUCGUUCCGCUUCAAACUUCUGACAGCAGACGCGUGCUCCCAGAUUUAUUUGGCAGGAGACAAACUCUACCCGUUCGGAGAAUGACGUUCGACAGCAUUUCUUGCACGACCGAUGUACGCGAAUACGCGCGAGAAAUCGUGCACUCGAAACAGCGGAACGACGCUAGAGGCUUCUAUAUCGUCGAUCUGAAGAAUGUACUCUACAAAAUUAAUCUCUGGAAAGAGUCCUGUCCCCGGAUCCAACCAUUUUACGCCGUUAAAUGUAAUGACGAUCCCAUGGUUCUGACCCUGCUGGCCCGAUCCGGAGUGAACUUCGACUGCGCCUCGAUGCAAGAAAUCAACAAAGUGCUCUCGUUGGGAGUGGAUCCUUCCAGGAUUGUAUACGCUCACCCCGUCAAAACGAUCAAAUACAUACAAUUCGCCCGGCGCAGCGGCGUGUCCAGAAUGACGUUUGAUUCUCUGGAUGAACUCUAUAAGAUUCGAGAAUUCUACCCCGAAGCGAAUUUGAUUGCUCGAGUUAAAGUUGAUGACGGCGGCUGCGUAUUCAAGCUGUCGAAAAAAUUCGGAGCCACUGAAAAGACAUCCAUGUAUCUCUUAGAAGAAGCUCACAAGCUGGGUCUCAACAUCGUUGGUGUCUCUUUCCACGUAGGCUGCUCGAAGAAAUCGUGCGUGAUGUUCACCAAUGCGAUCGAGUCCGCUCGUCGACUUUUUGAUUAUGGUGAGCGACUUGGAUUCGACAUGAAACUUCUAGAUAUCGGCGGAGGCUUCCCCGGAUACAGGGGCUGUGAGGCUGAGUUCGGCGAACUCGCCACCGCCAUCAGCACCGUGAUCGACAAUCUCUUCCCGAAAAAAGGAGCUUAUGAGAUUAUCGCUGAGCCUGGGACGUUCUUCGUCGCAUCGGCCUUCACCCUCUUCUCCAGGAUUAUCGGGAAAAAGAUUUUCAACGAGGAUCAUAAUGGAAUCUGGCGUCGAGAUGAGAACAACAAUGAAAUUGAUGACGUCCCGGCGCCCAACAAAUGCAAUCUACAGUGUGCCGAAAACCACAGAACGGCUGAAGUUGUGGCCAACAAAAGAGUCGAAUAUUACAUCAAUGACUCGGUGUACAUGAGUUUCAACAUGUGCUUCUUCAACGAGGACAUCAUACGUCCCGAGCCUCUGCAAUUGAAAGAGAGAUCAUCAUGCCCGCGCGUCACCAGUGCAAUUUGGGGCAAUACUUGUGACGGAGUGGACAAGGUCAAAGCGCGUUGCUCGCUACCGGAGAUGAAAACAGGCGACUGGCUCAGUUUCGACUCCCUGGGCGCUUAUUCCUGCGUUUUGGAGACCGGAUUCAACGGCAUGGAUGUUCCUGAGAGGAUCUAUAUCCAGUAGCAUAUCAUCUAAUUCACUGCUCUUAUAUUUGGAGUUCGUUCCGUCGGGCGCUGGUUUUCGUGGCCGCAGACGUUGUUGUCUCGUCCGAGAGAGAAAAAUACUCAAUCUCGUCGAGCGGGGAAUUCGGACGUCAACCCCCUGACGUGGUCGAGUGCAGUUGUUCCUAAGCUCUCUUUCGGACUUCCUUCCAGCCUGCGAUUGAUAAACGAGACCGCAGCCCGUAUCGAGUAUAUAAUUUACCCAAUUACGAAUAAAUUGCCCCUGGUCGCGGCGAUCGUGUAAUUCGAUCGCAUAUCGCGUAUCGAGCAAU